AGCAAUCAUCCCACCAUCUCCUGGUCUUCGUAUCGCAGCUGUCUGUCGCACAGGCAUAUCGCGCUAUAACAAUUGCCCGAUGAGCGAUGCUCGUCGAUGGGCAGACGAUCGUCGAUGGCUGAACACACGGGCCCGGACCCAGGCGAUGAUCCGUUCUACCAGACGAUAGAGGUCGAUACGCAGGUAACGGGUACCGAUAGCACAUACGAGGAUGAACUAUCAAGUUGUACGAAAUCCGUCACCUCCAUUCGAGACUACCGGCAAGAGCAUGGCAGACGCUACCACUCAUACCACGACGGCAGGUAUCUUCUGCCUAAUGAUGAGGCCGAAGCGCAGCGAUUAGACAUGAUGCACGAGAUGAUGUUGUUCAUGAUGGGCCAGCGGCUCUUUCUCGCGCCUAUCGCGGAUAACCCCCAACAAGUUUUGGAUCUAGGGACGGGGACGGGUAUUUGGGCACUUGAUUUUGCCGACCGGUAUCCGAAUGCAGAAGUCACUGGUACCGAUCUCAGUCCAAUCCAACCGUCAUACGGCCCUCCAAACGUUCACUUCAUCGUGGAUGAUAUGGAAGAUGAAUGGGCUUUCCCCGAGCAGCAGAAAUUCGACUUUAUCCAUGCUCGUUUCCUCGCGCUGGGUAUCAAAGACUUUCCCAAGCUUCUCACAGAGUGCUUUAACAAUACGAUCCCGGGCGGAUGGGUCGAAUUCCAAGAUUGGGACCUGAACAUGUAUUCACAGGACGGUUCGACCACGGGAACAUCAAUCGAACAAUACUACAAUAUCGGCAUCAGAGCUUAUGAGAAAACAGGGCACGUCGUGAGCCCUGGCCCGCACCUGGAGCAAUGGUUCCACGAGGCAGGAUUUACCGAAAUUCACGUCCAGAAGUACCUGCUCCCCAUGGGACCAUGGCCCAAGGAAGAACACCUAAAAUCCCUAGGAAUGUGGAACCUAUUACAAGCCUCGACUGGUUUCGAGGCUAGCGCCCUCGCAGUAUUGACGAGAUACGAAAACUGGACCCCCGCUGACGUCGUCCAUCUGGCAGAAAAAGCAAAGUUAGAUGCUAGAGACCGGAACAUACAUGCUUUAUUUGAUUUCUACGUUGUAUAUGGGAGAAGGCCAUUAUGAGCUUUUUUUUCUUCUACCUUUUACGAUAACGACACAUUCUCAACCCCGCAAACCUCAGACGAGGAGCGGAUCCGAUACGGGAGGCGUUUUGUCAAAAAAGAAAGAUUACUCAAACGAUUAUUUCUUUUGCAUUCAUUCAUUCAAUUCCUCAUCAGCGCAGAGGGGGAAAUAUGAAAUGCAAUUCAUGACAUGACCAGAAUAAAGGGACAACAACACAGUCAAUAGUUAGUCCCCAUCGCAUUACGUGAUCAAUCUUGGCCGCUUCUGCUACGGUCUAGAUUUUGGAGAUACCUUUUACUUCGACACUUAUGAAGAAGAAGAAAGCUUCUAAGUGCUUUGAUGCACUCUAUUGACAUGAUACAUGGUACUAGCUAGUAUGUAUAUACAUAAUAUACCAUCGUCAUGAGGAUCCUCGUUUCGAUUUAAUGUGACCAUAUUGGU